CUGUUGCAGCCGCGUCCUCACCCUUUUCCCGGGCGUGCCGCCUGGAGGCGCGGAGCCCGCCCCGCGCGCCCCGGCCCUGCAGCUCCGGCCCGGGCGGAGGCCGCCGGACCGCGGCGAUGCAGGGCGGGGGCAGGGCGCGGGGUAGGUGACUUUAUCCCGCCUCUGUUUCCCUGCCUCGGGGAGCAAUGACAUCACGCGGCCUUGUCCAGGCGCCGACACAAAGAGAGGCGCGGAGAGGCCGCUGCGGGGGAACCCCGCGGCCGCCCCUGCCGCCCUGGACCCUGGGGUCCCGCCGGUCAGGUCCGCCAACCGUGGCCCGAGCGCUUUCAACUCCUCCUUUGCCGCCACCGCCUCGGUCGCCGCCGCCCGCGCCGCCCCUCGGAGCGCGCAGCUGAGCCCGCGCCGGGCCGCGCGGGCCCCCGUUCAUGCGGUCGCCGGCCCUGGGAGGGGCGCCCGCAGCCAGCCGCGCAGCAUGCACUGGGGGGUUGGCUUUGCCUCGUCCAGGCCGUGCGUGGUGGAUCUGAGCUGGAACCAGAGCGUCUCCUUCUUCGGCUGGUGGGCCGGGUCCGAGGAGCCCUACUCCUUUUAUGGGGACAUCAUCGCUUUCCCUUUGCAGGAUUACGGUGGGAUCAUGGCAGGGCUGGGCUCCGAUCCCUGGUGGAAGAAAACACUUUACUUGACCGGGGGAGCUUUGCUGGCCGCGGCUGCGUAUCUGCUCCACGAACUCCUGGUCAUUAGGAAACAGCAAGAGAUUGACUCCAAAGAUGCUAUUAUUUUGCAUCAGUUUGCAAGACCUAACAAUGGUGUUCCCAGUUUAUCUCCUUUCUGUUUGAAAAUGGAAACUUAUUUAAGGAUGGCUGACUUACCCUAUCAGAACUAUUUUGGUGGAAAACUCUCUGCUCAAGGGAAAAUGCCUUGGAUUGAAUAUAAUCAUGAAAAAGUUUCUGGCACAGAGUUCAUAAUCGACUUUCUGGAGGAGAAACUCGGCGUGAAUUUAAACAAAAACCUGGGGCCUCAGGAGAGAGCGAUCUCCAGGGCGGUGACCAAGAUGGUGGAGGAGCACUUCUACUGGACGUUAGCUUAUUGCCAGUGGGUGGACAAUCUCAAUGAGACCCGGAAGAUGCUCUCUAUUAGUGGUGGCGGUCCCUUCAGCAACCUGCUGAGGUGGGUCGUGUGCCACAUAACGAAAGGAAUUGUGAAACGCGAGAUGCACGGCCACGGCAUUGGCCGCUUCUCAGAGGACGAGAUUUACAUGCUGAUGGAGAAGGACAUGCGCUCUUUAGCAGGGCUUUUGGGUGACAAGAAGUACAUCAUGGGGCCCAAGCUCUCUACUCUUGACGCCACUGUCUUUGGACACUUGGCACAGGCAAUGUGGACCUUACCUGGGACGAGGCCCGAGCGGUUGAUCAAAGGUGAGCUGAUCAACCUCGCCAUGUACUGUGAGAGGAUAAGGAGGAAGUUCUGGCCGGAGUGGCACCAUGACGACGACAACACCAUCUAUGAGUCCGAGGAGAGCAGCGAAGGCAGCAAAACCCACACGCCUCUGCCGGAUUUCAGCUUCUACUCAAGGACAGAGACUUUCGAAGAUGAGGGAGCAGAGAACAGUUUCUCCAGAACCCCAGACACGGAUUUCACUGGACACUCGCUCUUUGAUUCUGACGUGGACAUGGAUGACUACACAGACCACGAACAGUGCAAGUGACGUUCAGCCCCGCCGGCCCGUUGCUGCUGUGGCUGCCACCCCGGGGCUCGGUCCAGUUUCCCAGGUGGAAAUCCGUCUGAGCUGGAGGAGAUCUUCGUGCUUGGCACAGUUCUCACAAGCUAGCUGGACUACAGCAGCCUUAUUUCUUUUUUGUACAAACAAAACACAGAACCAUUCAGAUGGCUCCAUUUCAAACAAACAGGCAAAAAAAAAAUUGUCAGCAUGGUUCCUGAAAUCCAUUUUUGUUUUCAUUAGAAAACUAAUAUCGUGAGGUAGACCAAGUGCAAGAGCAGGUUUUCCUCAGAUUGUUUAUGUUGAUCCUCUUUAGCCUGAGGGCUUAGCUGUGAGAUGAAUUCUUGAACAUCCUUCAUUCAACAGGGUUUGAAGUAAUGGGAGAUGGCAUCAGAAGAAAUGUAGGAGAUGAAUGUUCUAUGCUGUUUGUCUUCUCUGUGUAUAUUGUAUGUCGAGAUAUAAGUCCAAUAAAAUCCAUAGGUAUUCAGUGAACACCUGCUAUGUGCAAAGCACUGUGCUAGGUGCUAAUCAGUGUAAGUUUUUCUCUAAGCCCUGCCGGUGACUAGCUGUGUGAUUUCAGGCAAGUCCCUUAAUUCUUGUGUGCCUCAUUUCCCCCACCUGUAUAGUGGGGACAACAAUACUCUCCGCCUACCUACCUCACAGGGGUGUUGUGAGGGUUCAGGUGGUCACAUUUGGAGCUUUACACCUCUUGGAAGAGGUGUGACAUAAACACAACAUUUUAUUCUUGUGCUUCAUAAAUUUGAAUAUUUGAAUUCACAUUGGAAGGGUGUGAAUUCUUCAAAGGCAAUGGAAUUCACAUUCAGGCAACAGCAGCCACAGUCCCUCAAAAAACCUGAGCAAGUGAAACAUGCAGACACAGUCAGGAUUCGGUCAUCAUCCCUCUCGUGAUCUUGUUUGAAUCAAAAUCUUUUGUUGAAAGAACCGUGGAAACAUUUUCACAAAUCAUCAACAGCUACAAAUAGUCUCUAAUCAUGUAUGCUCACAGAAGCGCCUUUCUUUCAUUGCCUGAAUGCACACUGGAAUGUCAUCCUUUGCUGAUUUCUGUGUAUUAAGUUGCCUGUGUUUGCUUUAUUUGGUGGGAAUAAAGCUCAGGAAUAUGAUGGGCUUAAUGGAAGUGGAGGAGAAAGUAUUUGGUUGAUUUUUGUAAGCAGAAGUUGCCAACUUGUAACGUCUUUUUGAAAACACACCGGGG